GAGCGCCGUGCUCAGUGAGGGCCCCUGCGUGCGCUCCUGAGCGGCGACCAUGGGCUUGCUCGCCUACCUGAAGACCCAGUUCGUGCUGCACCUGCUCAUCGGCUUCGUCUUCGUGGUCAGCGGGCUGCUCAUCAACGCGCUGCAGCUCUGCUCCCUGCUGCUCUGGCCGCUCAACAAGCAGCUGUACCGCCGCGUCAACUGCCGCCUGGCCUACUCGCUCUGGAGCCAGCUGGUGAUGCUGCUGGAGUGGUGGUCGGGCACGGAGUGCACGCUCUUCACCGACCCCGCCACACUCAGCCGCCUGGGGAAGGAGCACGUGGUCAUCAUCCUCAACCACAACUUCGAGAUCGACUUCCUGUGUGGCUGGACCAUGUGCGAACGCUUCGGCGUGCUGGGGAGCUCCAAGGUCCUGGCCAAGAGGGAACUGCUGUGUGUUCCGCUCAUCGGAUGGACCUGGUACUUCCUGGAGAUUGUUUUCUGUAAACGGAAGUGGGAGGAAGACCGGGAUACAGUGAUUCAGGGACUGCAACGCCUGUCAGACUACCCUGAGUACAUGUGGUUCCUGCUGUACUGCGAGGGCACCCGCUUCACGGAGAAGAAGCACCGUGUCAGCAUGGAGGUGGCCGCCGCCAAGGGGCUGCCUGCCCUCAAGUACCACCUGCUGCCGCGCACCAAGGGGUUCACCACAGCCGUGCAGUGCCUGCGGGGCACGGUGUCAGCUGUCUACGACGUCACACUCAACUUCCGGGGGAAGAAGAACCCGUCCCUGCUGGGGAUCCUCUACGGCAAGAAGUACGAGGCCGACAUGUGUGUGAGGCGUUUCCCCUUGGAGGAGAUCCCGGAGGACGAGAAGGAGGCUGCACAGUGGCUGCACAAGCUGUACCAGGAGAAGGACGCCUUGCAGGAGACGUACAACCAGAAGGGCGUGUUUCCCGGAAAGGCCUUCCGGCCCCCGCGGCGGCCAUGGACCCUCCUCAACUUCCUCUUCUGGGCCACUGUCCUGCUGUCCCCGCUCUUCAGCUUUGUCCUGGGCGUCUUCGCCAGCGGCUCCCCCCUCCUCAUCCUCACCUUCCUGGGCUUCGUGGGGGCAGCGUCCUUUGGAGUCCGCCGACUAAUCGGAGUGACCGAGAUAGAGAAAGGGUCCAGCUAUGGUGACCAGGAGCUGAAGAAGAAGGAGUAGCCGGCCUCGGGCCGGCCCCAGCGCCUGUCACUCCUAAACACAGCCACGCCACUGUGGACAGGGCCGCCGAGGCUGUUUCCUCACCACUGCUGACCAGUGACCAAUAGACCUUGUCCAGGGCCGGAGUCCGAGGCCUGCGGAGGAAGAUCCCAUCUGCGGGGACGCAGGAGCUCGAGGCUCUGCCCUCGCAGCCCGGCCCCCCAGAGACCACCUUUUCCUGCCGCUCCGUGUCCGGGGGGGCUUGCGUGGCUGGGCCCGGGCGCUGCUUCCCGCUGUACUCGGCUCUGCACCCGAUUCAGCGUGGGGCGCCGGGAGACGGUUCUCGCUGUGAAAGCACACGCUGAGGGUCUGUCCUGGGGGGCCUCGGCUCCGGGCUGGCUGCUGGUGCCCCUCCACUUUGUCCCGAGCCCCGUAAGUACCUGGCCUCUGCCUGUAAGGAGUGCGCCCCGCACCCCUCUCCCGAACCCGCCUUGCCCUGGCCCCCACCCUGCUGCCCAGCAGGGUGCCACCGCCCGGCCUGCGGGAGACUGUCUCCCCCUCUGCCCAGCACCCAGCCCUGUCACUCUUUCCUCGGAAGUCCAGCUGCUUCCCCGGGCACAGCCCACGUUAGCAGGGGAGGGGUACCCGUGUGAGGGUCCCGGAAGGCCACAGGCCGGGCAGUGUGAGGCAGGGGCUCCACCCUGGGUGUGGAGAGGCGUGGAUGGAGGAAGGUGAGAUGGUCCAGAGAGGCAGGAGCAUGGGGACGUGUCUCAGCCCAGCCGGAACCCUCGCUCCCCCCGGGCCCCGUGUGGGCUGGGCCGGCAGCCCCCCCAGUCUGCUCCCCGUGCUGCGCGGGGCCCCCACCGCACCACCCACCCCGCCCCGCUGGAGCCGGUGACGGCGCUGGAAGACCCCAGGUUCCUGCAAAGGGGGUGCCGCGUCCCUGCCCCGCCAGCCCCUGGUCGCCGAGCCCUCUGCCAGCAAUAAAAACUGCACCACGA